ACUGACCAUCACCACACACUCGUCCUCAACACACACUCGGGAAGGUGAUCACUUUCUUGACUGCUCCUCACACCACAACAGCGUCCAACCCAUACAUUAUGGCCGGUGCUGUGUCCGUAGCCUUGAUCCUGGCAGUGGUAGUUGCCAUAACAACCAGCUUCCGUCUUAUGGCUGGUGAACACAGGCAGGCGAUCUCGUUGUCCUCCUCAGCCACUCUCAGCUCCCCUACAGAACACAGCGUCUUGGAGGCCCCGGAUUUCUCUGGUCAUAUCGUUAAGCGACAGGUGGACCCUAACUUUACGUGUCUCGAACGGAUCCCUGGGUACUAUGCUGAUCCCGCCUUUGACUGCCAGGUAUUUCACGUCUGUGUAACUGAAUCCCUGAUGUACUCCUUCAUGUGUCCCAACUUAACUGCCUUCAACCAGCAAUACUUCGUGUGUGACCACAUCUUCAACGUCGAUUGUGCCUCCGCCGAGCAACUCUACAACUUGAACGAGCAGCUGGGCGAUGAGGAACAGGAGUUUACUGGAAGAUAAAGUUGUGUUUCUCAGCCUGUGAUGACGCAAGAUAAAGUGUGGGAUAUGAUGGUGUUGUGGGCAGAGUCACUACAUUGGUCAGAAAGGUACAGUGGUCAGGGGGUACAAUGGUCAGAGGGGUACAAUGGUCAGAGGGGUACAAUGGUCAGAGGGGUACAGUGGUCAGAGGGGUACAGUGGUCAGAGGGGUACAAUGGUCAGAGGGGUACAAUGGUCAGAGGGGUACAGUGGUCAGAGGGGUACAGUGGUCAGGGGGUACAAUGGUCAGAGGGGUACAGUGGUCAGAGGGGUACAGUGGUCAGGGGCAUACAGUGGUCAGGAGGUACAGUAGUCAAAUGAAAUUCAUAGCUUAAAGUGUUAACAGAGCCAGGAACUUACGUACUCUUGUGACUUAUCCCCCCCAAGAUGCUCGUACACAAACAAUUACCUCUUUCAUUGUUUCUUUGUUAUUUGUUUUGAGUUGGUUGUUAUUUGUUCUAUUGUUAGUAGCGGGUGUUAGCUUUUGUUACCUUCAUGCCAUUGUUUAUAUUUUGUUAGCUAAUGUUUUUCAAUAUUUUUGUUAGGUUUCUUUAGUAGUUUCCCUUAUCAUUAUAUAGUACAGAAGAAUAUGCUGAACACCUAUCACAAAUGUGUGUGUUUGAGUGUUUGUGGUCUAAUCAAUACAGGUAUCUGUAAAAUGUAAGUUGAAAAACAAUAUCAUCGUCAAGAAAAACCAGAUUUUAAGUGGUUAUAUUAUUAAAACAUUGGCACUCCUUUUCGAUGAUUCUGUACGAUUCCUCCAAAAAUAUCCUCAAGAGAUAAUUGCUUUUCUAUUUUAAAAGCUUGUUAUUGUUUGUAUCUGCAGUAAAU